UAGAAGUCGGAUUGUGCUACAACGAAGCUAGGGUUUUUCUGGCGGUCGAGCAUACAACGUAGAGCCGAGCCGCUCUCGUAGGGUUUCUGGGUGAAAUUACCGCCAAUCUGAAUCACCCCCCAAUUUUGCUCUUCUUCUCUCCGUAGCUUUGGAUCUGUCUAUAUAUAUUUGGCAUAAUACUACACUGAUUAUCGAAACGCUACAGCCUUCGGCAUUUGCGCUGUUGGAACAUGCCGGGGCCUGCGGCUGCGACCGUCGCCUCCGCCUCCUCCGCCGCCGCCGCGCUUUUGGCGCAAAGACGCAUUCCGAACGGUUUUCUCCAUCUCUCUGAUUCUCGUAGUCCUGGUUCUUGCGUUCAACCUCUGUUUCACAACGCAUCAACGCCGGCGUAUCGCUUCAAGUUGUAUCCAAUUAAAGCUAUGGCUGAGACUGAAAGAAUUCCUGUAUCCGACUCUCAACCCUCAGGUUCUGGCAGCAAGCAAGCACUAAUAUCAUUGUCAGACAAGAAGGAUUUGGAUUUGCUUGGCUCCGGACUUCAGGCAUUAGGAUACAAAAUUGUUUCAACUGGAGGAACAGCAUCUGCUUUGGUGAAUGCUGGUGUUUCUGUCAUCAAAGUGGAAGAACUUACCUGUUUCCCAGAAAUGCUUGAUGGUCGUGUAAAAACCUUACAUCCUAACAUACAUGGAGGUAUUCUUGCUAGAAGAGAUCAAACACAUCACAUGGAAGCUUUGAGCAAGCAUGGAAUUGGUACAUUUGAUGUUGUGGUGGUAAACUUGUAUCCCUUCUAUGACAAGGUUUCCUCUGCUGGUGGAGUAUCAUUUGAGGAUGGAAUUGAGAACAUUGACAUUGGUGGUCCUGCCAUGAUUAGAGCUGCUGCAAAGAAUCAUAAAGAUGUCCUCGUUGUCGUUGAUUCAGAAGAUUAUCCUGCUCUCUUGGAAUUUCUUAAAGGGAACUGGGAUGAUCAGGAUUUCCGCAGGAAGCUUGCUUGGAAGGCUUUUCAGCAUGUUGCAUCUUAUGAUUCUGCAGUUUCAGAGUGGUUAUGGAAGCAAACUUUUGAAGACAAAUUUCCUCCCAGCUUUACAGUGUCUCUCACGCUCAAACAUUCACUUCGCUACGGUGAAAACCCUCAUCAAAAGGCUGCAUUCUAUGUUGAUAAGAGUCUAUCUGAGGUUAAUGCUGGUGGUAUUGCAACUGCUAUUCAACACCAUGGGAAGGAGAUGUCAUAUAACAACUAUUUGGAUGCUGAUGCAGCUUGGAACUGUGUCUGCGAGUUUAGUAAACCUACUUGUGUAAUUGUGAAGCACACAAAUCCAUGUGGUGUAGCUUCACGAGAUGAUAUCAUUGAAGCCUACAGACUGGCCGUAAGAGCAGAUCCAGUUAGUGCAUUUGGCGGUAUUGUUGCCUUCAACAUAGAAGUUGAUGAGGAUCUUGCAAAAGAAAUUCGAGAGUUCAGAAGCCCAACAGAUGGUGAAACCCGGAUGUUCUAUGAGAUUGUAGUUGCACCCAAGUAUACAAAAAAGGGGCUUGAGAUCCUCCGUGGAAAGUCCAAGACUUUGAGAAUCCUAGAGGCAAAGAAGAAUCAGAAAGGAAAGCUUUCUCUUAGACAAGUUGGAGGAGGUUGGCUAGCUCAGGAUUCUGAUGAUUUAACACCAGAAGAUAUCCAGUUUAAGUUAAUGUCCGAUAAGACUCCACAAGAAAAUGAGCUUCGUGAUGCUAAGUUUGCAUGGUUAUGUGUGAAGCAUGUCAAGAGCAACGCCAUUGUAAUCGCUAAGGAUGACUGUAUGUUAGGCAUGGGAAGUGGACAGCCGAACCGGCGGGAGAGUUUGAGGAUAGCUUUAAGGAAAGCAGGAGAGAAGGUCAAAGGAGCAGCUUUGGCUAGUGAUGCUUUUUUCCCAUUUGCUUGGAAAGAUGCAGUAGAAGAAGCAUGCGAAAGCGGGGUUGGUAUUAUAGCAGAGCCAGGAGGGAGCAUUAGAGAUGGGGACGCAGUAGACUGCUGUAAUAAAUAUGGGGUUUCACUUCUCUUCACUAAUAUCAGGCAUUUCAGGCAUUGAUGGUGAGUUGCAAAAUGCAACUAACUCCUUCCUGCAAUCCUGCUUCGCCCAGUGCCCCUAAUAGAGGGCUAUGUUGCCUCAAGGUUUUGGUUAUUUAUGGCGAAGAUGAUUAUUUGAGGGCACACGCUGGCUAGAGUUUCUGCACAAUGGCUGUAAGAGAUGGGUGAUUAGGUUUAAUUUAUUUGAUUUAACAAUGCUCUGUUUAAUAGACAACCUAACAUUAAUCUGGAUUAAUGUUUUCUUGCCCCUGCUCUAGGAUUAAAUGUUGAAGUUGGAGAACACCGAAAAAUGCAAGUAGAAUGUCGCAGCCUCAUCUCACAUCUGUAGUGUAUUAGAAAUGUCUUAGGCAAACAUUACAUGAUUCCAUGAAACUAAAUUACCCUUCACUAGGCAUUCUUUUGGGGUGAAGAAGGGACA